UAUAUUUUGCAUGUAUUAACUUACUGCUACUUUGUAGGCACUGCCACCACUAAUUCUACUGUCCCUUAUGUAGCUCAUACGGUUUUCAAGAGUCAGCAUACUUCUUCUGUAUCCCUGCAAAGAUGUAAAGAAUUAUUAUAUAGUUUCACUUACGUGUAUAGAUAGUUUAGUUUAGUAUAAUUUAAAAUAGUGCAAUAAUGUCUGUAGAUAUGAAACAAAAUAAAAUAACUUAUCCAAUAAUUAUAUAAUUUAACCUCUAAUAUAAUACAUACGUUUCCAAGAACAACCUUGUUGAUGAGGUAGGAACCAAAGGGAGGCAGUGAGAGGGCUGCACAGAUGAUGCCAAAACUGGGUAAAAUUUCAUACCACAUUUUGUUGUUAUGCUAGCAACAACCACCUUAGAAAUGGGUUUAUUUGUUGAUGUGGGCAAGGCGAGUGACACUGGCAACUCGCUGUGUAUGGAUGUGUGUAGUAUAUCUGACUAACCUACAAGUAGACAGUAAUUUAGGCGAGUGGCGAGUAUUUGAAUUAUCAAAAGUUGUUAAGAAAUAUUCCCUUAUUCGUUUAAUAAUGUCAACAAGCAUGUUUAUUGAAAUAAAAGUCAUCUAAUAUAUGAAAUCUGAACUAAAUUCAAAAUGGGACGUUGGGAUGAUAAAACCACGUUCAAGUUUGUUGCUGCCUAUUUGAAACAUGAAUGUCUCUGGAAUACAAACUCAGAUUUGUAUAAAAACAAAGCACUUAAGGCAGAUGCCAUCUACGACUUGGAUCAGACGAUGGGGAUCCGAGACUUUCACGAAAAAGAGAUCAAAAUCAAAAUUAAAAGCAUUAGAUCUACUUACUGCCAGGAGUUGAAGAAGAUUAAGGAAUCGGAACUAUCGGGAACAAACCCCUACAUAUAUGUGCCUACCCUUAAAUGGUUUUCUAUGUUACACAAAUGUCUCAACAAUCUAAAACCAGAGAGUACUGCUGUUGCAAAUGAAAACAAUUUGAAAACUGAAGAUGUUCUCGCCUGGGAAUUUCCUGAUGAAAUCACUGAAACAGAAGUGGAAAUUAAGUCAAAAUUAAUCGAACGACAAGCGGUUAAAAGAAAGCAUCAUGGAGAUGAUAAAACAACGCUGAAGUUAAAUAAUAUAAAAGACGCAUCUACCAAUUCUCUCCGAGAAGACGAAUUUGACAUGUUUGGUAAACUAAUAGCCACACAACUAAAAUCCUUACCUCUGAUGCUGGCCCUGGAAGCAGAAGAAAAUAUCCAAUCUCUUAUGACCAAAAUUCGUCGGAAGCAUUUAAAACGAACUUCAACUACAAAUUAUGCAAGUGACGAAAGUUCUUAAAUUUAAUAAUAAGAAAUGUAAAUGAGAUAGUUAUAAAUAUAUUGACAAAUGCCUCAUA